AUAAGUCUCACACCAAAAUCAGAUUCCCAAAUCUUCAUCAAUAUCGAAUAGAGAAAAAAAUUCAGAGUCGAGAAUUUGAGUUUUAAGAAAUGGCAAGAACAAAGCAAACAGCAAGGAAAUCAACAGGAGGAAAGGCACCAAGGAAACAAUUAGCAACAAAGGCAGCCCGGAAGUCAGCACCAGCAACCGGAGGAGUGAAGAAGCCCCACAGAUUCAGGCCAGGAACUGUUGCUCUCCGUGAGAUCAGAAAGUAUCAGAAGAGUACAGAGCUUUUGAUCCGCAAACUUCCUUUCCAGAGAUUAGUUCGUGAGAUUGCUCAAGAUUUUAAGACUGAUUUACGUUUUCAAUCAAGUGCUGUUGCUGCUCUUCAGGAAGCUGCUGAAGCUUAUUUGGUCGGUCUUUUCGAAGAUACUAAUCUCUGCGCCAUUCAUGCCAAGAGGGUUACCAUCAUGCCUAAAGACAUUCAACUUGCUCGUAGAAUCCGUGGUGAGAGGGCUUAGAUGUUUCAGCUAUUCUAGAUCUGGUCUAACAAUGAGUUGUCCUUUUGGGUAUUUUUAGGGUUUCUUUUAAUGUAAAAUCUUAUGAAGUUAAUCUCUGUAAUAGCUGUUGAAGUUUGAUCUUAAUGAAUAUAAAAUGAUGGUUUUAAUUUACAAU